CAGGUCACUAAUGCUGGAAAAAGUACAGAGUCCACUGCAAGACAUGCUUGUUACUUUCUGAAUUCUUGGAUAAUUUUUUGUUGUUGUUGUUGUUCAUCACACCGACUUUCACUGAAGGCUAUUAUAGCCUGGCUCUCAAGGCCAGAAAAGUUUACAGGCUGCACCUCUUCUGUACUCAAUGCUGUACCCCUUGCACCCGAGGGUACUGUGUAUUUGUACUUAAUAAUGUCUUCUAGUUCCCACACAGCCAACAUACAGGAAUCUAUAAAACAUGGACUUACAUCAGUUGUGUCUCAGUUUAAAAUGGUGAAUUACUCCUACGACGAGGACCUGGAGGAGCUGUGUCCCGUCUGCGGCGACAAAGUGUCCGGCUACCACUACGGGCUCCUCACCUGCGAGAGCUGCAAGGGUUUCUUUAAGCGAACAGUGCAGAACAACAAAAGGUACACAUGUAUAGAAAACCAGAAUUGCCAGAUUGACAAAACACAGAGAAAACGAUGCCCUUACUGUCGGUUUCAAAAGUGUCUAAGUGUUGGAAUGAAAUUAGAAGCUGUGCGAGCUGACCGAAUGCGCGGCGGGCGAAACAAGUUUGGACCAAUGUACAAGAGAGACAGGGCCCUGAAGCAGCAGAAGAAAGCCCUCAUCCGAGCAAACGGACUCAAACUGGAAGCCAUGACUCAGGUGAUCCAAGCGAUGCCCACCGACCUGACAAUAUCCUCGGCGAUCCAGAACAUCCAUUCUGCCUCCAAAGGCCUACCUCUGAACCACACUGCCUUGCCUCCCACAGACUAUGACAGGAGCCCCUUCGUAACCUCCCCGAUCAGCAUGACCAUGCCGCCCCACGGCAGCUUGCAAGGUUACCAAACCUACGGCCAUUUCCCAAGCCGCGCCAUCAAGUCCGAGUACCCCGACCCUUACACUAGCUCCCCAGAGUCCAUAAUGGGCUACUCCUACAUGGAUAGUUAUCAAACGAGCUCACCAGCCAGCAUCCCGCACCUGAUAUUGGAACUCCUGAAAUGCGAGCCUGACGAGCCGCAAGUCCAAGCGAAGAUCAUGGCCUACCUGCAGCAAGAGCAAGCCAACAGAGGCAAGCACGAGAAGCUCAACACGUUUGGGCUCAUGUGCAAAAUGGCCGACCAAACGCUCUUCUCUAUCGUCGAGUGGGCUAGGAGUAGCAUCUUUUUUAGAGAACUUAAGGUUGAUGACCAAAUGAAGCUGCUUCAGAACUGCUGGAGUGAACUCUUAAUCCUAGAUCACAUUUACCGGCAAGUGGUACAUGGAAAAGAAGGCUCCAUCCUCCUGGUUACCGGGCAACAAGUGGAUUAUUCAGUAAUAGCAUCUCAAGCUGGAGCCACCCUCAACAACCUCAUGAGCCAUGCACAAGAACUGGUAGCAAAGCUUCGCUCCCUGCAGUUUGAUCUACGGGAAUUUGUAUGUCUCAAAUUCUUGGUGCUCUUUAGUUUAGGUAGGUAA